AUAAAAAACAAGUUAAAAGCAUUUUAUAUACGUGAAUUGGUAAGUUUCACUAUAAAACCUUGUUACAUGGACAUUUUUGUAAAAAUACCUAAUCUUAUCAAAAUCUUCAAACGUGUACUGCUAUUGAAUUAUUGUCUUCCCGUUCCUUUUAUCGCCGCCCGUUAGAACUUCGACCACCGCACAACACAAGUGCAAGGGGAAGCCGUGAUAUAAAGAAUGUAAACAAACAAGCACUGGAAGGUAAAUACUUUCAAUUUAUUCUGAACAAACAAUUUCACACAGUAACUUAUAUUGAACAACUGUUUUGGCAAAGUCAAAAUAACAACUGAAAAGAAUGGAUAAUACACAUAUAUAUGCUCCAUGAUGCUUUAUAGAUUGAUAAUCAAGGUCACACUCCGGAGAACUUAUACACAAAACUGAAAAUUGAUUUGUUUGCGAUCAAGUAUCACUGAAUGAAAUAUUAUUUGUCGAUUAAACGUUACGGUUUCCUGAAAAAUGUAUAAAAAACUUCCUACAUGACCAGUUUAGUAUAUAUGCAUGCAUUGAAUACAUUGAUUCAAUAAUUUCCUAUACAUCAUAAUUACAAGAAACCCGUUUCAAACGACAUUAAAAAAUAAACAUAUAACAUUUCGUCUGUCUUUAUGGAGAUAUUUCUAUAUUAUAUGAAAUUACUAUUUGUAGAUGACAUAGUCCCUAUUGAAAUCAAACUAAUGUCAAACAAAAAGUCUAUUCCUUUAUAUCUGAAACUACUUGAGUCAGGCUCUGAGAAAAAAAGGGACAUUCGUUUGGUAAUUGUCGGAAAGAAAGGUACUGGGAAAACAUCAUUAUGUAAGAGGUUAUUUGAAGAAGAAGUCAGCAAAGAAGAGGUGAAGAGUACCAACGGGAUUGAAAUUCAUAGAAUAAAAUGUAAUGCAAACUAUGAUGAUGGCAUAUGGUAUAAAUUAAAUGCCAACAAUCAAGAAACUGAGCUGAAUGCAAGACUAUUAAAACCAUACGAGGAAACCCUUGUUGACCAAGGUAAAGGAACCAAUAAAGCAUCAGUCACAAUGUCAGUAGAAGCAGAAGUUUCCAAAACAUUUAUGAACGCAUCUGCAACAAGUUUAGAUGAAUCAGAGGAAACAGCAUCUCUGCAGCCUGAAAAACCAAAACCUCCUUUAAUCACUAAUUGUGACAUCAAACCUCAUGUAGCCUCUGAACCUCAUGUUAAACCUUCUGACGCCACUAAAGUUCAAGUGAAAUCUUCUAUUACCACUGAACCACUUGAUGUUCCAUUUGACACUGAUAUUUAUCAUAAGCAUCAGCCAAACCUUUCAUUAAAACAAGCACAUAGAGAUGUUGAAAACAUGCUCAAGUCUGAAGUGAAUCUUCAUGACAAAGAGGAGUAUGCCACAUUAUUAUUAUGGGAUUUUGCUGGAGAUGAAGAAUUUUACCACAUACAUCAAACUUUUUUGUCUCCAGAUGCAAUUUAUAUUGUUGUUACAAAACUCAAUGAGGCUUUCGACAAAGAGGCACAAGAUUUAUUUCGAUUAUGGAUGGACUCAAUACAUUGUUAUGGUAGAAUUGAAGAGGAGAAAAAUAAAUAUGAUGACAACAUGACAUUUUUGGAUGAUCUUGAUCCAUCUGUGGUUAUUGUUGGUACUUGGAAAGAUGCUUGCACCUCAGAAUCAGCAGAUGCAUACAUGGUUGAAGAUGCAUGUCGAGAAAAUCUUUUAGCAUAUACUAGAAAUAUGGCAGAUGAUGAGCGCGGACAUAUAAGGGAUAAAUUUUUCAUUUCUAACACAGAAGAUGAUAACAGUGUAUUUCAGAAAAUACGACAAGAUAUAUUAAAGUUAGCCAAAAAAAAAACAGAACAUGGAAUAAAGAAUAUCCGUUAAAAUUUAUUCAGCUGGAAAAACGUCUUCAAGAGAAGAAAAAAGAGUUGCCAAUAGUUGCCUUUCGUGAACUUAAGUUUAUCUCAACAGAAACACCCAAGCCAUUGAAUGAUGAAGAACUAAUAUUGUAUUUGAAAUUUCAUCAUGAAAUUAGAGAUUUGGUUUACUUAAAGAUCUCCCAGAUUAUAUUAUUUUAGAUACACAUUGGUUGUCCGAUGCUUUCAAGUGCAUAGUAAUAGCAAAGUAAUUUCGAUCUAUUAGUAUCAAGAAUCAAAAACGUUGGGAGGAGUUCCACAGUACAGGGAAAUUGUAUAUGGAAAUUUUAGAAGAUAUUUUCAAAGAACAAAACAUUUUGUACAAACACAAGGACCAUAUUCUGAAUGUUAUGGAGAAAUUUGAUAUCAUUAUACGUCCAAUUCAAUCAGAGAAAUAUUCUGCAAUUGAAAAAACUUGCUACUAUGUACCUUGUAUGAUUAAAUCAGAACCUGAGUGUUACAUACACAAAAUGUUUAAUGUGACAGAAAAAACAUGUAAAAAAUCUACUUGGUUAUGUUUUAAGUUUAGAUUUUUGCCACCACAUUUAAUGAAUCACUUGAUUGCUUCACUGUGCCGGGAGUAUGAAGUAGCAGAGGUAAGUGUCACUGAAAAUGAAGAAAGAAGAAAUACCACGCAAAGCGUUAUUGCUCUUUUUAGAGGAACAGCUGUCUUUGAAUUAAAGAAAACAACAAAAUUACAUAACGACAUGCCCAAAUGUUAUUCUGGUUCAGAUUUUAGAAUUUGGAAGAAGAGUUAUCAUAGAGAAAGGUAUGUACAAAC